AAAAGAUCGCUUUACUUCAAUUUUCGAAGACUCUUCGUGUUUGGGGUGCUUUUAACAAUCACCACAAAAUACUGAAAUUCUCGCCGGCGGCUAGAUCUCUACUAUGGCGGAGGAAGAUGAUGCGUUUCUAAGCUUAUCCGAUCCAGAUUCUGAAGAUUCAAUCCCUAUGUUCUUCGAUAAAAAUAGUCAUAUUUGCUAUUUAGAGAUGAUGCUUGAGUUAUUACCUUCACCUUAUCAAUCGCAAGAGAUUAAUCGUCUUACUCUCGCUUACUUUGCCGUUUGCGGUCUCGACAUUCUUCGAUCUCUCGAUCGCGUUGACAAAGAAGGGGUGAUUAAGUGGGUUUUAUCACUGCAAGCUCAUCCGCUAGACGAAGCUGAACUGAGCAAAGGACAAUUUUAUGGGUUCCAUGGUUCUAGAAGUUCUCAAUUUCGACCAAAUGACAAUGGGGAUGCAAUGCCCAAUGGCAGUCAUUUGGCGAGUACUUACUGCGCGCUAUCCGUAUUGAAGACUCUUGGCUAUGACUUAUCUCUACUGGAUUCCACAUCAAUCGUCGAAUCAAUGAAAAAUCUUCAGCAACGUGAUGGGAGCUUUAUGCCCAUUCAUAGUGGGGCAGAGACAGACCUCCGCUUUGUAUAUUGUGCAGCGGCAAUCUCUUUUAUGUUGGAAAACUGGAUUGGCAUUGACAAAGAGAAAGCCAAAGAGUACAUUAUAAACUGUCAGUCAUACGAUGGUGGCUUUGGUUUAACUCCUGGUUCAGAAUCACAUGGUGGUGCCACUUUUUGUGCGGUUGCAUCUCUCAGAUUGAUGGGAUUUAUUGAAGAUGAUAUAUUGUCGAAGAAUGUAUCCUCUUGCUUCAUAAACGUCCCCUUGCUUCUAGACUGGAGCCUACAGAGACAGGCAGCUUCUGAUGGUGGUUUCCAAGGUAGACUAAACAAAGCUACUGACACUUGUUACGCUUUCUGGGUUGGAGGAGUUUUAAAGAUCUUAGGAGCUCACAAGUUCAUCAACUAUGAAGGUUUACGUAAAUUUCUUUUCACCUGUCAAUCCCAGUAUGGUGGUUUUGGUAAAACUCCGGGUCAGCUACCAGAUCUUUAUCACGCCUACUAUGGAUAUUGUGCAUUUAGUAUGUUAGAGGAACCUGGCCUCGGAUCAAUCUGCACUGAACUGGGUAUACCAAAUGGUGUCCACCCAGGACUUUGAUCCAAUUGUCAUUUGGACCUGUGCAGCUAGUACUACGAAUCUCGCCUCACUCGCAUGAUACAAGGGUUUUCAAGGCCCAGGUACAAUUAAGUUGCACUCUUAGUUGCCUGGAGAUAGAAGUUGGAUAAUAUUAUGAAACUAUAGCAUAUUUGAUUCAAGAUAUUUUUUUGGCAUAGAUGACAUAACUUUAUUUUCACCUAGCUAUGUUUCAUUAUUUUUGAAAGGUAUCUCGCCUAAUUAUUGUAGCAUUGCAUUUUUGACAUUCUGCUCCGAGAUUUUAAUGAUACUUGUGGCUUUGUCAUAAAUAAUCACUUA